GAGGAGAUUCAUUCAACACGCAACCGCUACGGAAGCGGAAGCCGCAAGAAAAUUGCGCUAAAACCAACGGUUUUAUUUGCUGCUGCGUACUUUAAACCCUCGCUUCUGUGAUUUGUGUUCGUGUGGAUCAGCUGGGGAGCUCGAAAAGUGUGUGAUAUUAGGUGGAUUUAACGCGCGCGCGCGCGCGCGAGCGAGCCGGUGACAAAAGCUCGCGCCAUAAGUCAUUAACACGUGCGCGUGCCUUCGAGAAUCGCGGCAGUGAUGACGUCCGAGAAGCCGCCGCUGCCUGCAGACGGCCAGCGGGACGAAGCCGAGCCGGCCUUGGGGCGCGAGGAGGACGCGACGGAAGCGGCCCGGGACGGCUGGGACAGCAAGGUGGAGUACUUCCUCGCUCAGGUGGGAUUCAGUGUGGGAUUGGGCAACGUUUGGAGGUUCCCGUACCUCUGCCACCAGAACGGAGGAGGAGCGUUCAUCUUGCUGUAUGUGCUGUUGAUGGCGCUGGUCGGGGUGCCGUUGUUUUUUAUGGAGCUGGCGGCGGGUCAGAGCAUCAGACAGGGCAGCAUCGGCGUCUGGAGGCACAUUUCUCCAAAACUUGUUGGCAUUGGCUACUCCAGCUGCGUGGUGUGUUUCUUCGUCGCUCUGUAUUACAACGUCAUAAUCGGUUGGAGUAUUUUUUACUUGGGAAGUUCCUUCACGUACCCUCUACCUUGGGAGAACUGCCCAGAAGGGAACGGCACCGCGAAGGAGUGUACCGACAGUUCUCCCACGGCGUAUUUCUGGUACCGCAAAGCUCUGGAUAUCACCGAUUCUAUUGACGAAACCGGAGAAUUCAACCCCGUCAUCACUGGAUGCCUGCUGGCCGCUUGGGUCAUCGUGUGUCUGGCCAUGUACAAGGGCAUCAAAUCCACCGGCAAGGUGAUGUAUUUCUCCUCGGUGUUUCCGUACGUGGUGCUGCUGUGCUUCCUGAUCAGAGGCGUGACACUGGACGGGGCGUCUGAGGGCAUUAAAUUCAUGUUUUACCCCAGGCUGGAGAUCUGGGCUGAUGUUCAGGUGUGGCGUCAGGCAGCGACUCAGGUGUUCUUCGCUCUGGGGUUGGGUUUUGGUUCUGUGAUAGCGUACUCUUCCUACAACCCUCGGAACAACAACUGCCAUCGAGACGCCUUCACCGUGUCUGGAGUCAACUUCAUGACGUCUGUGCUGGCCACGCUGGUGGUGUUUGCUGUGCUGGGCUUCAGAGCUAAAACCAUCGCCACGGAGUGUGUUAAACGUAACAUGAAGGCUGUGUCUGACUUCAUCAAUGCGUCAGAUGUGGAGAGAAUCUUGGAGAACCCUUUGAAGGAAUAUGAGAACUGGUACUGGACUGAGGGCCAACAGCUCAAUAUCCCUGGUUACAACAUCACUGCCUGCAGCCUGGAGGAGGAGCUGAAACAGGGUGUGGAGGGAACCGGUCUAGCGUUCAUAGCGUUCACUGAAGCCAUGACACUGUUUCCCGGGAGUCCUUUCUGGUCGGCGCUGUUCUUCCUCAUGCUGCUCAAUCUGGGUUUGUCCACCAUGUUCGGCACCAUGGCAGGAAUACUGACCCCACUGACGGACACCUUCAAGACCCUGCGUAAACACAAAUUCCUCUUCACAGCGUGCAGCUGUGUGGUGGGCUUUCUGAUCGGCCUCUUGUUCACUCAGCGCUGUGGAAACUAUUUUGUGACGAUGUUCGAUGACUAUUCUGCCACACUUCCGCUCAUCAUGGUCGUCAUCUUCCAGACCAUCAGCAUGGCCUGGGUUUACGGAGCAGACAGGUUUUUGGAGGACCUGAAGCGGAUGCUGAAUCGGCCGGUUCCUGUGGUCUACAAGUACCUGUGGAAGUACGUGUGUCCGGCUGCUAUGCUGGGGCUCCUGGGAGCCAGUCUGCUUAAGAUGAUCUUGGAGCGUCCCACAUACAUCGCCUGGAACAGAGAGAAGGCGUCUAAGGAAGUUCUGACCUACCCAGGCUGGGCUCUUGCCGUCCUGAUCUCGCUCAUCGUCGUGGCGUUUCUUCCUGUUCCCAUCGGAUUCAUACACGGCCUCCUCCUGGAGCGGCUCGGCCAGGCUCCUGCAGACGCCGAGACCGGAUACAUGCCGUGUGCCACCGCGGACACGGACCUGACCCCUCUGGACACGUUGCCGCCCUCAGGAGGUCACCCCAGCUCACUUUCCCCUUUGCUCCAGGAAGACCAGGCCACCCGUUCGCAGAACGGCCACCUUGAGUAUCUGCAAUCAAGUCAGGUGUGAGAAGAAACGGCGGCGUCUUUUUAAACGAUACAGGCACUAAAAUAACGUUUUUAAAAUGUUGCUUCGUCCCAAAAAGCCCAAAAAUUGUCAUCAGCUUCUCUCUAAACAUCUCAGAUGGACUUCUGGAGUUAUUUAUCCGCUCGUGCCGAAGACCUUCGCGUCACAUUCCAAUAUUGCCUUCUCGAACUCAGUUGGACUUCCUCUGCAUUUGAAAACAGCUGUGAUAUUAAUCUAAGCCUUGAUGACCGUGUCCUUGAAGUAGUGUAAUAAUGCUAUAUGUUCGGCCGGGUCCAGGUGAACGCCGACAAUCAUUUGGUAUCCGAUGGUCCUGCUGCUUUAGUGAUCCGACCAGGUUUUUAUAUCAUGAUUUGCAUAAAGGUGUUGAUGACGGGAUUGACGCGUCGGUGUUAUUUGAACUCUACGACUCUACGACGUUUAAGUCAUUAACCCUUCGACGCAAUCAAUAUCAACUUGCGUACGAGUCAAACUAGAUAACUGAUACCGUGGCAUCAAAGGGUUAAUGCUGGUCCGGUCCAGUGUGUCCUUAUUUAAGUGAGUGCUAAAAGGCACGUUGUGUGUUCAAAAGACGUUAAUAAUCACCCGUAACUGAUUAUUCAAUCGGUUUCAGACCGUGGGUGUUUUUGUGAAAAGGAACGCCUGGGUCGUGUUUCAUCUCGACCGUUUCAUGCUUGAUCGUUUAUGCCGAGUAUGACAUCUUUAUUUAUUUUUGCUCUUAUUUUCUGAGCACCCGACUACAGCCAGCUACCGUUUAACACAGAAAAUGGGGUUUUCUAUGAAGUAUUUCAAGACGGAACAAUUUUACAUUUUGUACUCUUCAUUUUAUAUUGUACAGAACUAUUUUUGUGGCUGUUUGUAAAAUAUCGCCCUUUUUUUUUUUAAUUUUUAAAGCGCUCAUGUGACCCGCAGGCCAGACGUUUUAUGGCUUCUAGUCAUCGUGAAUCUAAUCUUUGCCUCUCACAGGGGUUUGAUGGGUCUUUCUGUGUUCGUUCAGUAGCUCGAACUCAAAAGAGUUCUGGUCAGUAAUAUAUUGAAAUGAUGAAAUGAUGUAGUUGAACUGUUCCUCGUGUGUAGAAUACUUGAGAAUAUCUCUUAUCUUGAAGGCUAAUUUAUGUGUAUGUUCCACUCUACAGUAUGUCUUCAGUUUUCCCUCCUUUUGCUGUCUGGGGGUCAGAAACCCGAGGUCAGUGUGAAUGUUGUCUGACGGUCAUGCUGUGCAGACACAGAUUUUGUACAGUUUGUCUCAUGAUGAUCUUCUUCUUUAUAAAUGGUUAUGUGAACCCUC